AUGCUGUUGAUGAAGCUCUACAAUGGUCCUCUUCUUACUGCUUACGAAUUUGCUAUAGAAUUAUAUGAAAGUAUGAGGUUCCAUAUAGCCCUGAGGACCCAAAAACUGAGACGAUCGUUAAAAUCUAAUUGCGUAAUAAAGGCUAUCAAUGAAAUGAUCGAAGCGGUUCUGACUGAUAUUAUCAGUGUGGGGCCUGUGCCUUACCAUGUUUCGUUUAUCAUGGACGGUAAUAGACGUUUUGCCAAAUCAUCGAACCUAUCUCUUCAAAGAGGACACGAAGCAGGUGGACUGACUUUAUUACACUUGGUUUAUAUUUGUAAGAAACUUGGUGUCAAAUGUGUCAGUGCAUAUGCAUUUUCUAUAGAAAAUUUUAAUAGGCCAAAGAAAGAAGUCGAUACGUUAAUGCAACUGUUUUCUGAAAAACUGGAUGAAUUUACAACAAGAUCCGCAGACCCAAAUAGUCCAUUGUAUGGUUCAUGUUUAAAAGUUGUGGGCGAUCGUGAUUUGCUCUCAGAUGAUAUAAAAAAAAAAGUGAGUCGAGCUGAAGAACUGACAAAAUCUGAGAAAGGAUUCACUUUAAUCGUUUGUUUCCCGUACACCUCCAGGAACGACAUAUAUCAUACGAUCUAUUCAAGUAUCUCUCAAGUUCAGAACAAUAAAAUAAAAACUGACGAUAUCACCGUACGAACUUUUACAGAAAGUAUGUAUCUUAAAGAGUAUGCUGAUAAAUGUGACAUUCUAAUACGAACAAGUGGCCAAAAAAGAUUAUCAGAUUAUAUGCUAUGGCAAAGUCAUGAAAAUUCCACGAUUGAAUUUUGUGAUACUUUGUGGCCAGACUUCACUUUUUCUAUGAUUUACACGUUGAUGUUACGUUGGUCAUAUUUCACUACAAUUCAAAAUUAUAAUAGAGUACAGUUUUCAUUGAGACAAGAACUAUCAAACAAAUUAAAAAUCUUUAAUAGAAAGAAAAAAAUCCCCAUUGAAUCAUUUCCUGAACCUCCAGUUGCAGUAACCGUUUCUGGGAAGGAGUAA